AUGACUUUGUUCACAUUUCAUGCUCUUGGAGCAAGAAAUUUCGAUGAUCAUCCUGAUCUUGAAGUAUUGGGCAAGAAAAUAGUGGAUAAAUGCCGAGGGUUGCCAUUAGCUGUGAAGACUUUGGCUGGGCUACUAAGCUUUAAAGUUAGUCCUCGUGAGUGGCAAGGUAUAUUGAAUAGCAAAAUUUGGGACCUCCCACAAGAAAGUCAUGACAUCCUUCCAGCUUUGAAACUUAGCUACCUCCAUCUUCCUUUGAAUAUGAGGAGAUGUUUCGCUUACUGCGCUAUAUUUCCCAACGACUAUGAAAUUGAACGAGAUGAGUUAAUUCACUGGUGGAUUGCAGAGGGCUUGUUGGAUGGAAAAGAAGGAGAAAGCCGUUGGAAUGUAGGUUUGAAACUUUUUAACGAGCUAGUAUCCAGAUCAUUACUUCAAGAGUCGAGUAGUAGUGAAUCACAAUUCUUGAUGCAUGAUCUUGUGAGUGACUUGGCAAAGCUAGUUGCUGGUGCAACCUAUUUUAUCUCGGGGGUGUUUGACCUUGAGGGUGAUCAAAAUAAUGCUUUUUUGGCUCGUCACGCCUCAUUCAUUUCUAGCGAACACAUUGUCCAAGAAAGAUUCAAGAUAUAUCACGGAAUGAAUGGACUUAGGAGCUUCAUAUCAUUGGCAAAGCAACCUAAGUAUUAUGGUAAGUCUUAUUUGUCCGAGAAAGUGUUAGGCGACUUGUUAUCCGAAUUGAAAUACUUGAGGGUGUUUUCAUUAUGUCACUAUCACAUCAGAGAGGUACCGAAUUGCAUUGGCAAACUGAGGCACCUGAGGUGCCUCAAUUUGUCAUAUACUGACAUUAAAACCCUUCCAGAGUCAAUUGUUGCAUUGUACUACCUAAAGGCCUUGAUGUUGCGGGGAUGUCAAAAUCUUAUUGAGUUACCAGAAGCUGGAGAAGGAGAUAUAGAGUUGCCUAGCAAGCUGGAGACUAUGGACUCACAAAAUUGCAUCAAUUUGGAGAAGCACCCAAGCGAGAUUUACACCAUUUCCUCUCUUCAAGACUUGACCGUCGUGGGGUGUCCAAAACUCGUGUCCUUAUCCGAAAUAGGACUGCCGCCCCAGCUAGAGUUUCUUCGGAUAUUAGAAUGCGAGAAUAUGAAGCAGCCGGCGAGGGAGUGGCUCACCCCUCUCACCUCCCUUCGAUCUCUGGAUAUCGACGGCCGCGCGGGACGAGUGGGAGAGGAGAAGGAUCUUGUGCUUCCGCUCCCUUCCUCUCUGCUCAAGCUCGAUAUCUCUGAUAUGGAGAAAGUGGAAAGACUCUCCAGCAAUCUCCCUCCCUCUCUACAGAUCUUAUGGAUCUUCAAUUGCCCGAAGCUGAGGGAGUUGCCCAAGGCUGGCCUCCCUCCCUCCCUAAAAGAUCUCAGGAUUCGGGACUGUGGGAUUCUGGAGAAGCGAUGCAGGAAAGGGACCGGCAGCUAUUGGCCCCUCAUCCGCGAAAUCCCACGAGUUAGAUUGGGUGAUGAUGAAUUCAAGUCAAUUACUUGA